UGUGGGGGUCUAAUCCGAGGCCCGAAAGCAGGUGUACUAACGAGCCCAGGCUUUUAUGGCAAAGCAAAUAGCACCUAUGAGCCAAGCAUGCAGUGUGUUUGGAGCAUCAAAGCCCCUGAAGGACAAGUUGUUAAGAUCAAAAUAACGGAUAUGGAUCUGGAGUACAAUGUCGAAUGCAAGCAUGAUUUUUUGAAGCUUUUUGAAGGUGGAGGUACCGACGCAUCGCUAGUGCAUAUCUACUGCAAUAACCCACAGGAAGAGCCAAUACAGGAUAGGUUUCGGGAAGUGAAGUCCAGGGGCCGCUAUAUAACGCUUUAUUUCUAUACUGACAGGUCAAUCGAACGAAGGGGCUUCCGACUUGAAUACAGCUUUGCUGGCCAGGAAGAUGGUCAGUUUAUUAACAACCUGCCUUUCUGUUGCUUCAUUCGAACGAUAAAAGCUAACUACACAGUGCAUUAG